AUGGCAGCGAAGGAAAGUAAAAUCGAAUUCGUUACUAAUCCUUGCCCUAUCAAGCCUCGUAAAAUCGGUCCGCAAAAUGUGGUGGUGCGUCUUAGACGUAGGGAAACGAUGGGCUGUCCCUUUCCAGGCACACAUGUGCACACCGCGAGACAAUUUUAUCAAAAUGUUUUUCCUAACUUUACUGUGAUGAAUGUGGAAAAACCACCGUGUUUCCUUCGUAAAUUUAGUCCGGACGGAAAGUACUUAGUAGCAUUCAGUGCGGAUCAAACAUCUAUCGAAGUGUAUGAUUAUUGUGGAGCUUCGGCUGCCGCAGAUUUGAUAGCCGAAUGCGAAGGCGAAUACAUUGGCCAUAAGAAUGAUGACUGUAGUUUUCACAUACGAAGUAAUAUCUUCGCGCGAUUUUUCAAGGUGAAGUGGAUUAUAAAUGUGGUACAAAGCAACGAGCAAUUAAAUAGAGAAUGCAGUCUUUUCACAGAUGAUGCUCGAUAUGUGAUUGUGGGUUCAGCUGCACAUAUUCCUGAUGAUUUAAGGCCACACUUCUAUCAGAUUUAUUCCAAUAAUGAAGCAUUGACACCAAAUCCGAGAUCACCAUUGGAAGAUUAUAGUUUACAUCUGAUUGAUUUACGGGGAGGAAAAUUGUGUGAUACUAGACACUUUAAAGUAGAUAAAAUUUAUUUAUCACAUAAUCAAGGUCUUUAUUUAUAUAAAGAUAUAUUAGCAGUUUUGUCUGUACAGCACCAGACUAUACACAUAUUUCAAAUUCUUGAUGGCAUGUUUAUAAAUGUCAGGACAAUAGGAAGGUUUUGUUUGGAAGAUGAUGCGUACUUAGUUACAAGCGCAUGGCCUGGAGCUAAUUGUAGACCAUUUAGAGAUGCUACGAUAAACAGCCUAAAACAUAAAUUAUUAGUAUAUUUGUAUAAAAGGGCAAAAUACAUAAGCCAUGCAAUGAAAGAUCCAUAUGAAUUAAGAAGAUUCUAUCAAUAUUUUGAUCAGUUAAAUUCCUUACGAAUGUGGAAAAUGCAGCUGUUAGACACGGACCAUAUUCUAGUGCGAUAUACAAGCGAGGAAGUAGCAACUUUACAAGCGAACGAACCUAACGCGCAACCGGCGUUAUUAGUUGUUUAUGAUAUGGUUACAGCCAAAAUUUUGGCAGCUUAUGACAAUGCGUCGACUCAACUAUUAACCCAAUUUGAAAACUUCAGUGAUUUUUUCAGAAAUGCCAGAAUGAGUACAGAUUGCCAGUAUAUGUGUUCACCAUCUAAUAAUAUCUAUGCCAGAUUGUUGCAGCAAAGGUUUAAAUAUACAAUAAUAAGUGCUAAAUUUGGUGGUAUUACUGAAGCAACAAAACGUUUACUUGCUCAAUUGCCAAUAUGCGCUCAAUCUUAUUCUAGUUCUCCUUAUCUUGAUUUAUCUUUGUUUUGUUAUGAUGACAAAUGGGUUUCCAUGAUGGAACGCCCUAAAGCAUGUGGGGAACACCCUAUACGCUUCUACGCACGUGAUUCGGGUCUUUUAAAAUUUCGAAUGUAUGCUGGUAUGUUGGGCAGAACAGCACCGACAUCUGCAAGACGAUUGGUCGCAUUUACUUUUCAUCCGACAGACCCGUUUGCAAUUUCAGUGCAACGUACUAACGCAGAAUAUAUCGUCAGUUUUCACAUCAGGCACAUCUAAAUCUUUUCUUUAAUACGUGUGCAUUGUAGAAUAUAGUUAGAUUUGGGACAUCUAAACAUUAAAACAAUUUAAAUUGCUGCCACUAGAGUACAAAAUGAAAAUUUUGGAAAAGAGCAUAUUAUAAAACAAGUUAAAUUGGAAUCGAUAUGACUUUCCUAAAAUUUAUUGGCUGCUAGAAUGUAAGAUAUAAUGUAAUAUAAUGUGAUUUAGUACAUUUUUAAUACAAUUUGAAAUUGAGGGUUAUUUGAAACUAUGAGACAUGCGAGAAUUUUGUAACAUUAUUUUUGUAAUUAUACUAAAAUGUCACAUGUAAAGUAGAAUAUUGUUAAGUCUCAUUCUUUUAAACUGUAGUUUAUUACGCUUGUGGAGUCAUGUAAAAAUGCAGAAAGUGUAGAUAAAAAAAAUGAAUUUAU